UGGGAAAUGAAAAAGGUGGAGGGCGCAUUCCACUGAGGUACAAUGGGAGCGUUUCGGCUCAGUUCACCUGAGGAAAGAUGGAUCGAGUUUCUCAUCGAGAGCCGAAGACUGUUUAAGCUCCCGGAACAGUUGUGACAACGAAUGAAGGGGAGAUGGGGUGCUGGGGAUGGUGCCACCGGAACUGCACCUGCUGCUUGUCCGAGGAUGAAAAGAAGUCAAUCGCCAUAGACAAUGAAAUAAGACGAAUCCUCGCAGACCAGAAAAAGAGAGAGCGCCGAGAGAUAAAGGUGCUUCUGUUAGGCACUGGAGAAAGUGGGAAAACCACUUUUAUCAAGCAGAUGAGGAUCAUCCAUGGAAAGGGUUACUCAGAGGAGGACAGACGCACUUUUGCCAAACUGGUUUUUCAGAACAUCUUUACAGCUAUGAAGGCCAUGACAGGAGCCAUGUCAGCCCUCAGGAUCCCCUAUGCCAACCAACAGAAUGAGAUGUAUGCACAGUGGUUUCAAGAAGUAAUCAUUCAUCAGGUGACACAGCUAGAGCGAAGAUAUGUGGACGCUAUUCAGCGCCUGUGGGCAGACUCCGGUCUUAAAAUCUGCUAUGGUCGCCGAAGAGAAUACCAGCUACUGGACUCCACAGAGUACUUCAUCACCAAUCUAAACCGCAUCGCAGCCCCAGAUUAUAUCCCAACAUCCCAGGAUGUGCUGCGGGUGCGUUUUCCAACCACUGGCAUCAACGACUACUCCUUUGUAGUGGAGAGGAUCACACUCAGGAUUGUGGAUGUCGGGGGACAGAAGUCGGAGAGGCGGAAGUGGAUCCAUUGCUUUGAGAACGUGACGUCGCUCAUCUUCCUGGCCUCGCUCAGCGAGUACGACCAGGUCCUGGAGGAGAACAACAGCGAUAACCGUAUGGAAGAGAGUCUGACGCUGUUCUACACCACCAUCCACUCACCCUGGUUCGCCAAUUCCUCUAUCAUCCUCUUCCUCAACAAAAUGGACAUCCUAGCUGAGAAGAUCAAGACAUCAGACCUGCAGGAUUACUUCUCCAACUUCACAGGCAAGCGUCGGGAUGCGGACGCCGCCAUGAAUUACAUUCGUAACAUGUAUACGCAGCAGGCCCAGAGCCCUGAGAAAAAGAGCAAGAGUGUCUACUCUCACUUCACCUGCGCCACAGACACCAACAACAUCCGCAUGGUCUUCAAUGACGUUAAGGACACUGUGCUGAUCAAGUCUCUGCAGGAGUAUGGGGUGCUGUGAGCAGCCCAGGCCACUGAAGGCCUUCCUUUAUCUCGAAAUGCUGUGGACAAACCAACCAACCUUUUCCCUUUUGGCGUAGUCCAUAUUUUUUCUUGUUUUGGGUGGUAAAGAUGGUACUCCAGACUUCUUCUAGCACAAAAUCACUCCUGGUAUGAUUUGGCUAAGCAUGCCUGAAGAGAUCAUUACAUGGGCUCCUAUAUCUGCAGCCAUUCAACACCAUCACAAAUUUCUUUUUUUUCUUUUUGAUUUCUUCUUUUGCUUCUGCGUUAGAUGCUGAUGCAGGGCGUGAUGGUGGUGAAGGUGGUCAGGACUCUGCUACAGUGCCUAAUACAGAGGGAGGAGUGUUCGCUGUAGAUGUGGAUUGAUCCACAUAGUUGGGAAAACAACUUUCCUUACUGAUAAUGUUAGAAUGAAGGAAAGUUUUCCUAAAAAUUCCUCUGAGAUAUAGAACUGGAAGGCUAAAACCCACUCCAUAGCUGGGGCAAGCACUCAAAAGUAGUGCUAAGUGCAUGAUAAAUUCACCCUUAAUGAUUAUUAAAUUAUCUUAUAGGAUUGUAUUAUUAUGGGAUCUUAUAGGAUUGUAUUAUUAUGAAAGUGCAGAUGUUUCCUGAAAGCCUUUGUAUAUCACAUAGUAGUGCUGAACAGUAUUAUAAAGUUCAAUAUCAGUGUAUUUUCGAAAAAUGUCAUGGUGUCAUGAUAACAGAUGAUAAUUAAGUUUGCAUUAAAAAUGAAUGAAUUCAUGUAAAUGAACCCAUUCUUCCUUAAGUACUGCUACUCUAUUACAAACCUAACAUUGGUUUUUUUUGAUUGGACUGUUUAGUUCUGUUCUGCUUCUUGUCAAAUUACACCAAAUAGAACCUUACCCUGUAUUAUAAACAUUAACCAGGCAGAAAACACAUUUCCAGAAAGGAAACAUUUUAUUUAGUUUUUUUUUAUGCAUUUUGAACUAGUCUUGUAAAACAAUCUGAAACACCCAGCAAAUGAAAGUUGAUAUUGUUGUGAUACCAGUUCAGUUUCCAGUGGGCGUCUGAAGAAUUUAACCCUCUUGUUUCCAACCAAAACUUAACAAUGAAAUAAAACAAAAAUACUUUAAGAGUGUAAAUAAAAGCAUGAUAAUUAAAUAAAUAAAAUGAAAGAUUUCUUCAAAAGGAAGUUCCUGAGGGUCUCCAAAAGGAAGUUCCUGAGGGUUGCCCACUGUAUAAACACUGUAUUGCCAGCACUACAGUACAGUGUGGCAUUGUUUAAUCGGCUAGUCGAACCAGUAGUAAAGUGCUUUGUAACUCUACCCUGGCCUGCUCUACUGACAACAGACAGGUAGCAUGCUUGGCAUGACCAUGCAGUCUUGUGCUGCGUUUGUUAGAAAUGACAUACAAUUAUGUUUUUUCAUUCUCAGAAGAAUGCCUUUUUAUGUUUUCAUGAUUUCAUGACUUUUUAAAUAUAUAUAGGUUAAUAUCAGUAAUUACAAAGUGUAGUAAGUAGGCAACUUUGGUUUGUUAAGUUUUUAUCAUCGUCUAACAACAAUCACUGUAAUAAGAUCGGAAGUGUCAGGAAUUUGUGACUCAGUAGUUUGACUGUGGAUAAGCGGGGAUUUUUACCAAACAUGGUUCUGGGUUAAUGAGCAAUCACAAAGGUUUUUGGGAAACACUCACAAAACUAGCACAUGCUUUUCAUGAAACAAUUUGUUAAUCUGUAAGAUUAAUCGAUUAUGGAAAACUUCUGCCCUGUUCAGAAACUGUUUAGUCACUCUUCAUUGUCUUGAAGGAAUGCUGCAUAUCUGAUCCACUGUGCUUCUGGAGCCACGUGGGUUGCUGGUUCACUUGUGCAAUGCCAGGUAUGCGACUUCAAGUCAUGCCAGGUAUGCGACUUCAGGCCAGACUGAAACACUUUAACUCAUUUAUGCAGUCUUUAUUUUAAUCAUUCUUGUUGUUAGUGAGAUUGUAGUUGAUUUUGAUGUAAUUGUGUGUAAAUUCUUAUUUAUCUUGUGGUCUUAGUUGCUUAUAAUCAGUUGUUAGUAUGUGGUGUCAUGUAAGCAAGACACAUGGAAAUUAAAUAGGUUUAUAAGGAGAUUAGGUCCAGUGUUAUUGUAAAAUAUUGAUGUAUUUAAUAAAUAAAAAAAAUAAAUAAAAAAUAACACAACCUAAAUCAUCUUAACAAAGUUAAGAAUUAUUUGGUUCGCUGUCUGCCCUCAGUUGAAGGAGGAAUGUUUCAUUGUUUUUUAUGGCAUGAAGGAAUUAACCAAGGCCUAAGUGGUUAUUCAUAUGUCCCUCAGUGAAACGCCGCCGAGGUUAUUUAUCCACCAAAUCAGCCAAUGUCACUGGCCACAGUCAGUCAGUAAGUUAUGCAGUUGUCAAAUGAGUUCAGUAACUGGAAAACUGAUAUUUUUAACAUAAUGAAUAAAGCAUGAAGGUUUAAAUCAUUAAUUAAAUUGUAAAUCAUUAAUUAAAUUGUGAUUUAAGGCAGAGUUUGGCAGAAAUAAUCCAAUGUUUUUACUAACAGUAUCUUAUCUGAGGUGAUAGUGGUCAGGACAAAAGCUCCCCUCGUCCCUUUAGAGUCAGUACUAUAUUUUCAGCAGCAAAAUAGUGCAUUAUGCAACACAUGUAAAACAAAAUAUAUAAAGAAAGAGUAAAACCUAGAUCAUUAGACGGAUACAGAUCUGACAUGUCAGCAUGCUGCUUAGUUGUAGGCUGAACUCACUGGAUACAACUGUAAGUAUUAACAUUGUUUCAUUAUUAAUAGACAAUUGAUUUUCUUGCUACA